AAUACAAUGGUUAUUAUAAAACUUAAUCAAUACUACCUCCAUCUUAGAAUAUAAUUAGGUUUAGUUUUUUUUCAAGUUAAAUAUUUUAAACUUUUAUCGUAUAUGCUAAAAAAACAUAAAGAUUAACAACAUACAAAUGAUACUAGUUUAUCUAUUUAUAAUGGAAACAACUGUCAUAACAUGUAACUUUUUCUAUUUCAAAGUAAUUACUUUUGAAGAUAAUUUGGUUAGAGAUUAAAAAAGUUUGACUUCUACUAAGUGUAAAAGUUACUCUAUUUUAUAACGGAGGUACUAUACACUUUAACUAUGCGAGUAGGAUAUAUUUUGGGAGCACAACAAUAAAUUAACUAAGUGCAGCGCUGACUCAUUCGCCACAAUGGGCAGAUCAGAUUGCAUUGCCAUCCUCUCUUCAUCAAAUUAUCAGCUGUCAAUAUUUUGCUCUAUAUUAGUAGCCAUGCAAAAAACUUAUGUUUGCCUGAUACUAAUUUUGCGGUCGACCACGCGGAGUGCUCUGGGCGGCAGAGUGCUCCGGGCAGUCAACGCGCUGCCCGUGCAUGUGGGGCCAGUGGGCUGCGGACCACAGCUACCACUUGCUGUUUGUGCCCUUCCCGGCUUCAGUUUCACCUUCUAUUUUGUAACUUCAUGUGUUCUAAUUUUUUAUCUUCAACUUUUUUGUUUCUUUGAACUUUGUUUCUCUAUCUCAGAAUCUUUUGCAUAAACUUUUUUGGCUCCUAAAUUUUUCUUGUAUAAAAAUUUUGCACAACGACUUUUCUAUCCAAAAUUUAUCGAUCUCAAAACAUUUAUCUCCAACUCUUUUCCCUUUCCUUUUUUUUUAUUUUUUCCUCCUUUCCUAAGUCCAGCCGGUGACUAAGUUUGUUCCCGAAAUUUGUCUCCCAAACUAGGUAUUAAGUUUUGCUUCCAAUAUUUUUACUUCUAAUAUUUUUUCUCCAAAAGUUAUUCUAAAAAUCUUUAUCUCCAAGUUCGAUCUUAAGUUUUUGCUUCUAAAUCUUUGUCCCCGAAAUUGUUUCUCCCAAAUUUUGUUCUUAAGUUUUGUUUUGCAAUUUUUUCUGCUAAAAAUUUUGUUCCAGAUUUUUUUUGAAAUUUCACCGAAAGGUUGUUUCAGAAAAAAUAGUGAGUUUUGUUUCUUACCUUUUAUAUAAUUUUUCUAUUUUCUACAAUUUCUAUCUUUAAGAUUUGACCAAACUUUGUGUCUAGAGAUCUUUAUAUCUAAUUUUUGUAUGUAUAGUUUCCUAUCAAAAUAUAAAGAGAAAGGGAUACAUGGAAAAUAAUAUGGGUGUUGGGAAAAAAAACUAAAAUGCUCUUUGAGAGCACGGCUGGCUGGUGAUUAGCUGUUGACAACUUGGCUCUGGAAAUUGCGAUGAGCUAAUUUACUUUGCGGGUGUCCGUGAAGGGGAAUGGAGGACACACGGACGGUAGUUACUACCCGGUCGGCUCCGGGACGGGAAAUCUCCAUACCGACCGACACCGUAUUCCGUAUUAUGAUACUUCUCCUGACUGUUCCCAUUUUUUGAAAAACAUAAAAGUUAUCAUUUACUGUUAAUUUUAUAGUUUCGUAUUUGAUUUUAUUAGUUUCAUAAAUACAGGAAAAUCCCAAUCCGACCGCUUUCGUUUUUCGUAUUGUAAUACCGCUACCGACCGUUCCCAAUCGUUUUCAUACUUGUGCUUGCCAUACUGCUGAUCCUUUGAAAGUGAGCGUCACAGGGUUAGAGUUAUAUUUAUAACCAUCAGCCCCGUCCAUUUCCACUGGAUUUGAUCUUUAUUGCCAUUUGGUGUGACUUCCUUAAUUAGGUCUAACUAGUCUAUCAACCCGUGCUCCCGCACGAGCUAGUUAGAGAUAUCUAAUAAUUAUCUAUCUCACGCUCUCUUUAAUCAAUUAAAUAUUCUAAUAUAAUCUAGUACUGCAAAGAUACAUAUUUAUUAUUAUAUAAUUGUAAUAAAUGUUAUAGGUUUAGUUAGUAACAAUUUUCUCACUUUGCAUCACACCUCCAUAUAUGUUUAAUAUGAGUUUAAUUGAACACUUUGUUUGAGCUACGUGAAUAACAUAAAAAUUGGUAUUCUUAUUACUUCUCUUGUACAUGAUAUAUGGUGACAAACACAUUAUGGUUAGUAUAUAUGUUUAUAUAAAUAAUAACAUAAAUAAUGUAUUAAUAAUGAUAGGAAUAGUAAUUUAGAAUUUUAUAUUGAUGUGCUUUAAGAUUUUAUUAUAAUAACAUAAUUUUGUUUCAGAUUUGGGGUUGAUUUUAACUUUUAUUAUCUUAUUAUUGGAUUAUAUGUGUGUGUGUGUGUGUGUGUGAAAAUUUAGGAGUUAUUUGAUGUUAUCUUAUAAUGGCAUAAGUGAGUAAUUUACAUGAAGAUCGGGGUUACUUUAGUCUAUUUUCAUAAUGGCAAAGGUGAGUAAUUUAUUAAAAAAGGAUAACGGAUCGAAUGACUAUUAUGAUUAGAGUUGUCGAAUUGAUGGCCGGAUGUUUCUGAUUUUUGUGAGAAUUUUUAGGACUUCUUUAUUUUUUUAGACUGUCCACCUAGGAUCUUAGGUGGAUUCACCUGGAGGUUUCAAAAUGAGCCUCCAAUUAGUAAUAGUAAGGUUCAGAGCUAAACAAAACUUUCCAUUUCCUCAACUGUUGACAUUCGCCAUGGACCCCAACGGCCCGACCUAGCCCAGCUCGGAUUUUCAAGAUUCUUCCUCCAAGCAUCCUCUUUUCUUUGAUGAAGGAUGAGGGAAGUAUAAUGUAUGAACUCUGCAUCAGCUAAGAUGCAUACACUAGCUUCAACAUCUACAUCUAAACAGAGCCUACAUUUGAACAGACGUCCGCUAAAAUUCGAACCUUGCUAGGCAGCGUCAUUGCACCACCCCUAUGACUUACCGCCAUCCGAACGCAUCAUGGUGCCUCUUCAAUCAUAUUCUCUGGUAACCACACACACCAAAAGCAGCGGCCAGUAGCCCCUGAUCGUUUGGUUCCUGGAAUAAAAGGAUCCGCUGCUUUACUCACCACAUUGGCGUUGUGCUUCUUUGCUUUGAGAUUCGUUAUUAGCCACGUGGCCAACAAAAUUGCUGCUGCAUAUAUCACUAUUGGCUAUCGCUCUAGCUACGGCGCACUUUCGACGUCUACAGAACACCGUGCGUGCUGAAGGCAAACGCCACCGGUCGCCGGAGCGGCGGAUCGGAGCUUCAUCCCCAUGGGGAACACGAGGCCGCUCGGCGCGGCGAGCUCAAGGUCGACGGCAGCGGCGGCGUGGUGCAGCCACUGCGGCGCCACGGGCCUCGCCACGCCGACAACGUCCGGGUCCGGCUCCAGCGUCUGGUGCGCGUUCUGCCACCGGCCGACGCGCAUUGAGAGGCAGCGACAGCGCGGUGCGGGCGACAGCGCCACGCCCACGACGGUGGCGCUCGCCGUAACCUCGCCGCCGCUGACGCUCUCCGCGCGGCGCGAGAUCCCGCCGGACUACCCCAAGAUACGCGGAAGGAAGCGCGCGCUCCUCGUCGGCGUCAGCUACACGGGCACCGCGCACGAGCUCAGGGGCACGGUCAACGACGUCAAGGAGAUGCGGCGCCUCCUCGUCGCCCAGUUCGGGUUCCCGAGCGGCUGCAUCCUGGAGCUCACCGAGAAGGAGAGUGACCCGAGCAGGGUGCCGACGCGGGAGAACCUGCUGCGGGCGAUGCGGUGGCUGACGGAGGGGUGCGGCCCCGGCGACUCGCUGGUGUUCCUCUUCUGCGGGCACGGCGUGCAGGAGGUGGACCUGAACGGCGACGAGGUGGACGGCUACAACGAGGCGCUGUGCCCCGUGGACUUCGAGCGGAGCGGCGUCAUCCUGGACGACGAGAUCAACGAGACCGUCGUCCGGCCGCUGGGCAGGGGCGUCAAGCUGCACGCCGUCAUGGACACCUGCCACAGCGGCACCAUCCUCGACCUCCCCUACCUCCAUCCUCGACCUCCCCUACCUCUGCCGCCUCUCCAGAACGGAGCACUGGCAGUGGGAGAAUCACUACCCUGGUGGGAAGGGGAAGCGCCCCAACGGAGGCCUGGCCAUCUCCAUCAGCAGCUGCAGAGACGACCAGAACUCCGCGGACACCAGCGGAUUUCCCGAGUCGGAAUCGAUCGGCGCCAUGAUGGACAGCUUCAUCGCGGCCGUGGAGGCCGAACCAGGGACGACCUACGGGCGGCUGCUGAGCGCGAUGAGGGCGAGGAUCCGCGACGGCCAUGGGAGCUGCCGCCUCCCGGCAGGGUUUCCAUUCCCGACCGGACCGGCCUAACCGCCGGGCUCCGGUACCGGUUUACCGGUCCGGUUAGGCCGGAUACCGGUCGGAACCGGGCAAAAGGUUUUUUGAAUUCAAAUUCAGCAGUUAUACUGGUACGCAACGGUAAGCCGGUCGGAUAGUCCGGUAUACCGGCCGGUUUGGCCGGUAUAUCGGUGUUUUCGGCGGUCCGGGUUUUAAUGGUAAACUGACCGGUUAGACCGGUAUACCGGCCGGUUUGGCCGGUAUACCGGUAGUUUAGAGUAGUUUUCCGACACUUGGAAAAUGGAUCCUUGUUGUGAAAUAAAAGGAAAUUUCGACAUGAGUUAUGCACAUUUUAAUGUAAAUGACCCUACCAAAACAAUAAAUUAUAACCAUGCAUAAAUACAAUAGUAAUAAGCGUGCAUAUAAAUACGGAGUCAUACACCUAUACACAUGAAAUGAAAGUUCAACGUAGGAAUGGGAAGACCCCCAUUUGGGACGCGGUUUGGUA